GUGGGCGGGGCGGGGCGCGCUGCACGCUGGACUCCGCGCACGUUUUGCCGGGAGAAAACCCGGAAGAGACUACAUCGGGACCCGCCAUGAUGGAGGAAAUGGAAGCCGCCCAUCACAGUGAUGCCAAAGAACAUGAGCCAUGUGUGAUAAAGAAGAAGAGAGUACCCAAGAGGGAGUGCUUGCCAAAAUUCACAGAAAGAUCUUCCAGGAUCCUAAAUGAUUGGUUGUAUGAACAUAGAGAUUAUCCAUAUCCAUCUAAGGCGGAGAAAGGUAUCUUGUCGAUACAAACUCGCCUCAACGAACACCAGAUAUCUGUAUGGUUUACCAAUGCCCGGCGUAGAGUCCUGCCUGACCUGCUCCUUAUGGAGGGAAAGGACAUUAAACAAAUUAAAUACAGCCGAAAAAGAUACAAGACCUCAGAGUCGUCUUCUCUUGUUGAUCAAACACCUAUUGAAAUACCUACAAUGCAACCACUUGAGCUCUUCACCAUAACACAAGCGGAGCCCCAAAUUAUUCCAAGCAUGUUGGUGGUUUCCCAACACCCAAUUUAUAUCGUUCCCGCAGAAAGUCAUGACCUCGUCAUACAAAAUGUGGCCCCCGCCAUGAUGGCUGAAGAAGAUGACGCACCAGGGGAAUUGCCCGACAUAUAUCCUUGCCACUCCGCAGACGAGCUUGGACAAUCCCCUGUCUCUGCCUCUUCCCCUUGCUCUGUCGAGGAUGCAAACAACAGCAGCUUACAGAUCCUGGCGCUCGUGGCGACACAAUGUAUCGGUGAAACGGAGGACGAGGAGGCCAGACGUGAGGCUGCCAUAAGUGCGCUCGACAUGCUUCAAUAUUGAUGCUCCAAGGGCAACGUUAAGGUUGAAAAGCUUUAUCGUUCAGUGAAGUAACGUAAUCACUACAGUGUCUGCAAAGAACGUACAAACCCUCCUCCUACGUGGCGCUCAUUGCAAAUAAAGAUAGCAGGUUAUAUAUUUAAAGGAAACCUGUCAUCAGUGUCACCUGUCGGUACAGACAGGUAGUGCAGGUGACACUGAUGACAACAAUACUUACCUGAUCCCGUUCCGUGCUUCCGUUCCCCCACAAUUCCUCUGUAUCUUCCGUUCAGGGGCCGACUUUUAGAGCGUGGGCGGAGCUUUCUGACAUCACCGCUGCUGCUUCUGGAAGCUCCGCCCAUGCGGAAUGGAAAAUACGAAGGAAGAUAGCAGGAAAAACCGGAGCACAGAACAGGACCAGGUAAGUAUGGUUGUCAUCGGUGUCAUCUGCACUACCUGUCUGUACCGACAGGUGACACUGAGGACAAAUUUGCUUUAAAUUUUGGUUUUUAUGGACUUCCAGUACCUACUCUUAUCUGUUUUCUGGUCAAUGUGGCCAUAUGAAGUAACCCGUCCCCCCGCCACUCCCCACUUAUUUUAUUGCUAGGAGAUGGGGAGAAAAAGAUACACAGAGUGCGCUCCUAGUGAAUACCGUUUUGAUGGAGAGGCAAAAAUGGAGUAAUAUUAGGGUCCUUACCCUUAGGUGUUGCGCUGAGGCAUAACACCUACAGUGGCUUGUGGAGACAAAUUCGCAGGAUAGCCACCAAGGGGAACUCCCGGAGAUGACGUCAGUCGGUCCGGUAUGGAUACAUGACAGUGGGAAAUGAAAAAGUAUUCCCCUAGAACAGUGGUCUCCAACCUGUGG